AUGGCCUCCCCACUUGGUAGUUCCAUGACUUCUGCUAAAAGACAAUCGGCCCUUGUUGUUGAUGAUGAUCCAGUAACUAGAAUUAUAACCAGAGGUCUUUUAAAUUAUUUUGGUUUUGAAGUUUCAACACUCAAUGAUGGCAUAGAAGUAGUUAAUAUGUAUGAAGCUGGGAAAGGGCAUUUCGAUCUUAUAAUUACAGAUAUGGAAAUGCCGGUGAUGAAUGGUAUUGAGGCCACUAAAAAGUUACGAAGCCUAGGAGUGGGAUGUAAGAUAAUUGGAGUUUCAUCUUGUGAUGAUGAAACCUCAAGACAUCAUUUCAUGGAGGCCGGUUUAGAUCACCUCUUUUAUAAGCCUUUGAAUGUUACAAAACUCCAAAGCUGUUUGGAAAACAACUGA